AUUUUCUCUUUGGCACUUCAAUAGGCGAUGUUUGUGGAUAUUUCAAUAUUGUGAAGGAUCAUUCGUGAGUCAAGGAACAUGGAUUACUCUACAGAAGAACAGCAAAUGGAAGUUGAAGCUCUGAAAUCAAUCUACGGGAAACAGUUUACUACAGGAGGAGGAAGCGCGGAUAAUCAACCUGUCUUCUAUGAAGUGAAAGUUGAGCAAGAAAACACCAAGAUUAGCCUUAUUUUUACAAUCCCAGGUAUUAUUCUUCAUUUUUGUUAUCAGCCUCCUUAAACUGCAUAAUUCUUCAUUUCAUACUCAGCAAUAUUCAAUAAAUUUACUGAACGUCUUAUCUCAAAUUAAUAAUCUCAAAAUCAUGAAGUUUGAACCUCCCCAAAUCCUUUCAUUAUCCCCGUCACUUUGAAACCCUAAGAUUUCCUUGACCUUUCAAGCCUAUAAUUAAGUACGCUGGUGAUUCAUGAUUUUUUUAGGGAUGAACCACGGGGUGCAGGAAAUCUUACCAACCCAAGUAAGGAAAAAAUUAUUGCAGAGGGAGAAAUCCCCUCUUUUAUUUUGAAUUAACCCACACGUUUUUUACCCAAAAAUUGCCUUUGGAAGCGAGUCAGGCUGUUUUCUGGUCAUUGUUUGGCUUUUUAAAAUGAGCAAAAACCGCCCAAAACACCUUUGAUAAGUCCAGUACUCUGUGGUCUUCCUUUUUCAGAUGCAAAAUAUCAGCUUCUCUCAAGUUCACGCAUGUGCAGAAAGCAAAAUUUUGAGGUAGUUUUAGGGGUUUAAAAGUGACAAGAGGCCAAAAUUUCCCAAAUCGCUGUUAAAUUUGUUAGUUGAGCACUCUGUGGCCUUUUUUCCAGAUGCAAAAUAUCAGCCUCCAAACAUUUGGGCAUGCGCAGAAGGCAAAUUUUUAGGUUUAGCAGUGACACAGCAGUCUUGAAAUGUACUUUUCACUUUCUCUCCUCUCGUCUUCUUUUGCUUUCCUCGCCUCCAUUAAAACUGAGUUGGUCACAAGGAGUGGAAGGGAAAUAGAUCUGUUUCAAAUGUUGCAUUUUACAUGUGCUAAACUUGAUGCUAAUGAAGAAAGUUAACAAUGUUCUUACUCAUUUGCAAAUAAGAUUUUGGAAAAAUUCCUCAGUACUUACUCAAAACUUACAUGCAAGGAAUUUUGAUCAGGAUAAAAACAGUUUUAGGAAACAGAUUUCGGUUCCAUUGUUUUUCAAACAUGGUAAUGGUUCUGUAUGAGAAACGAUUGUUACUGUUAAAUCCUAGGGCUUGCAUGUAGUUGGGACUGAACCUGAUAUUUGAUAUUUGGUCAAGAUUUGGAUCAGAGAGGUGUAAUGAGUGCAUUUUUUUAGCUGACAUAAACCAUGUACAAUAUUUCGUGUUUGCUGUAGUCAAUUUGUUGAUAUUCAAUGUUUUAUUAUUGUGUAUUAUUCAAGAGAAAUAUCCAGAGGUACCUCCAUCCAUCAGCGUAACACAAGAUGGUCAACCAGUUUACACAGAACUUGAGUCUCUUCUUUACAGCUGUGCGGAGGGACAGAAAGGGGAGGUUAUGAUUUACAAUCUUGUAGAAGAAGCUACAUCCUGGAUACAGAAGCAAAAAGUCACUGAACUUAACCCUUCACAAGCAGAGGAAAGCCCAUCAGAAAAUGUAGAAAACACCUGCAAAUUUUUCUUGGAAGGAAAAUGUAGAUUUGGAAGCAAGUGCCGUAACAAACAUGAGGGGACAAGAAGUUCUAAGACUGAAAAAGUAGAUGAAUCACUGCACUCACAACUCACAUGUGAAAACAUGGCAAAAUUAUUAAAAACAACUGAUAAUGAAAAAAAGUCUCACAUAGCAUUAACAUCAGCUGAAAUGUCAGUGAACAGAGAUAUCCAGAAGGAGUCUUGCCCCUCUAAAAAGAAACCUCCAAUGAAAACAGCCAGUGAUGUCAUAUCAAGAAUUAUUUGGGAUGAUGAGCUGCAGCCAAAAGACUUCAUGGUUGGUUACCUCGAUCGUUUCACUGGAAUCAUGGAAAAAGGUUUUGGAGAGUUCUCAUGGGAAGACCUUGCUUCAGUUGAUCAUUUUGUUGAUCUUGCUAUACCUCGACACAGAAUCCAGUACUUUAAGUACCUUGGAGAAAUAGUGUGGGACAAAAGGGAACGUAUUGAUAAAGUCUUUGGCUCUACAGGAAGCAAAGAGACUAUUUUAGAUGUGAAAGAGAGAUUCAGAGGAUCGACCACAAAUGAAGAUAAUAGUAGUUUUAACGAUGUGAAGGAGUUUUCUGAAGCAGAUGAAUCAAGUUACACUGUGCCUGUUCUCCCCAAACAACUUCAUGAGGAAAAAGGUCCAAAUUAUUUCAUUGCUGUACAGAUUUCAGACUCUGAGGUAAUCAACAGCAUUACUAAGGUAGGUAAACAGAUAGUCUGUUAUUACUGUGCAUUAGUUGCUAAAUAA